CAAUGUCAAAAGUUUUGUUUUCAUGGAAAAACAAAUACGUGGGACUGACAUUGAGAAACUAUAAAUUUGUUGAAUCUUUUCUCGUCUAAUGUGAAGUGUUUGAGUGUGCAUUAUGUCUUGGUUCACCGAUCUAGCCGGAAAGGCGGAAAAUAUUCUCAAUAAAAUAGAUCAGAAUGCAGCUACAGUGUUACACCAAACGACUAACACAAAGUCCACCACAUAUCCGGUCGAAAGUCUCAGUGACGUUCGACAUGAAAUAUCCCAUACAUUGACUCCAACUAAACGAAUUGUGCCAAUAUCAUCAUCAAAGAAAUUAGCAUUAAAAUUGGAUCCUGGUGAUCCUGAUGUAGACGUAACAACUGAAAUUGACAACGCUGCAGCAGAUGAUCGACAGAGCGUAGGUUCGUUGUCUCGGCGGAGUUCGUCCAGUCGGGCUGGAGAUGAGAGUACUGUGAUCGAAGUGAAACAGACGAGCGUUAGUCCGUCGUUGUUAUCGUCUAUGAAGGGAACCGUUGGCUUUGAACAAGAGUUGGCUGCAAUGAAAAUCGUUCUUUCUGAAGUGAAGACGGAAAGAGAUGAAUUGAAGGUCGAACUGGAAUCAGCAUUGACACAAUUAAAGGUAUUGAACAAACAAUCGUUGAUCGCAGAACUAGACGCUAAAUGCGAACAUUUAGAGCGAGAAAAGGAACUCUUUGCAGAUCAAGUUGACAAUCUGAAACGAUCCAAUGAAAAUUACAUAAAAUCAAUUUCUGAAUUGGAAUCGAGACUGUCGAAAAGUCAGCAAAGCGAGAGCGAUCUGCACAAAAAACUCGACUGGGCGAAACGCGAAUCAGAACAAACGACAGUCGAACUGCAACAAUACAGAUCUCGCGCCCAAACCACACUCCAAAUGAAAGAUAAAAUCAUCGAACAAUUGAAAGAGAAAGACAACGGCGACGAUGGAACAAAGUCGACACAUCGGAUAAACUCGUUCGAAGUGGAGAAUCUGAAAGCGGAAAACAGCGGGUUGUUGGAAGAAAUUCGAGUGCAGAGCGAACAGUUGGAACAAAUCCGACGCUAUGUUGAGAAAUUGGAAAAUCUUCAGCGACAUCAGGAAUUGGAGUUUGAUAGGAAGGUGAAAGCGUUGAAUGGCGAUCUGCGAUCGGAAGAGACAAAGUGGAUGCAGUUUGAGACGGACAGCAAAGCGCAAAUGAAGGAACUUGCGUCGGUGAAAAAUGAAAUGAAUCGGCUGCAAAUCGAGUAUUCUAAUAAGAUUAGAGACAAAGAAUCAGAACUCUAUCAACUGCGAACGAAAUUAGCCCAACGCUCCUCAUCCCCUCAACCGUCAUUCGGCUUGGAAGAACGUGUACAGUCAUUGACACAGUCACUGGUUCAAAAACAAACUUCGUUGGAAAAUAUAACCGCCGACCGUAACGCUCUACGGAUUCAACUGGAAAAGCUGGAAACACAACACCGCAGCACGAUGGUCCAAUUGCGACAACAGCGGCCGGAAAUCAUUAGCAUCAACGACACGGACGAUGCAAAGGCACAGGUGCCGAAUUUUCUGCAAGAAAAUCCAUUCGAUACGGGUGUGGCGAGGCGAGUGAAACGAGCCUAUUCAAAUUUGGAUUCGAUGGGAAUACGGCUGGGUGUGUUUCUGCGGCGAUAUCCGUUGAUACGGAUUUUGGCAAUAUUUUACGUAGCUUUGUUACAUUUAUGGGUACUGUUUGUGCUGGUUACGUCGACACCUAGUUUGUAAGGUCGCAGCAAUUGAAUUGUAUUUAUUGUACCGAUGGUCAAUUAAAACCCAUUUGUUAAGU